AAAACUUAAAACAUUUCAAAAAACAUCAACAUGUAUAGUGUCGAAAUAAAGCAAGAAAAGCAAGAGAAAAACACAAACAUUUUGAACAUUUGCGUGGGCCAAUGCAAAAAUAGCAUUUAAAAUAAAAAACGGUCUGUACAGUAAAAAAGGCCAAAACUGGGCCCUUACUCUGUAGUUCGAUUCGAAAGGUUGUUCUAUUCGAAAGCCAAAUUCGAAUCGAAGCCCCAUUCGUACUCCAUAGUUCGUUCGAAUCAACUUUCGAAGAUAUUCGAAAAAAGAGAGCAACACUGUUUGCCAAAUGUCAAACGCAAAGCAAAAUAAAGAAAGAAACUAAAAUCAAAACAAGAAGAUGAAAUUGCUAACAUUGCGAUUGUGAAGAUUGUGCAUUUAAGAACUCAAUUGUUGUGUUAAAUUUAUUUAAUAUUAGUGAAAGUCCUUGAUAAAAAAAAAUACCAAAUGGAUUCAGUUGCGAUAUGGCUGGAAGCAGAUGAAGACCAAGUGACGGAACGAGUGCAAUUGAGAGCGCUUAGGGAUAAGGCCAACAUAUUCACUCUCAAUGAUAAAUGUUUUACGCAAAAUUUCCGCCUAAACAAGCAAGCGUUUCGGUACGUGCUAAAUGCCAUUACGCCGGAGUUAAGCACUCCUCGAAAAUCGACAGCAAUUCCCCCAAUUAUUAAGCUGGCCGCCGCACUGAAAUUAUUGGGGCAAGGAGGAUACCAACACCAAAUUGGUCAAGACCAACACGUAGGCCUUUCUCAGCAAUCAAUGUCACGCUGCCUCAUUGAAGUGUGUAAAGCAAUUGAGAAAAGGCUAUGUCAACGACACAUUAAUUUUGCAAGUACGGACGCAGACGAAACAGAGGCGAAAUUAUAUUUCUAUGAAAAGUGUGGAAUUCCGGGCGUGUUGUUUGCAAUAGAUGGCACACAUAUACAAAUGACAAGACCAACAAGGAAUGAGCAUUUGUACUAUAACAGAAAACUGAAGCACAGUAUGAAUGCAAUGGUUGUAAGUAUUGCAUUAUCAUAAAAGUUUUCAACAAAAGGUUUCAAAUUAAAAUUCUUAGAUGUGUGACCACAACAUGAGAAUUAGAGCUGUUGACGCGCGAUACGGUGGUGCAUGCCAUGAUUCCCAUGUAUGGAACCUGUCCAG